UAAAAAGACAAGAUUAACACUCGGUUUUAUUUUGAAAUAUAUACAUACAUACGUUUAAAAAUAUUGAUAAUAGCUCAGUCAGCGUUGUUUUUAUCUCUUAAACAACAGGGCAAAAUUUAAAACAGAUUGCUAGAGAUGAGUUCUGAUAGAAAAAAGAUUCCUGACCCUCCGACACCAGUUCCUUCAACUGGCAAUUUGCUUUCAAAUGUAGCACCACCGCUUCAACUUCCAAAUUUUGUGACUGCUGUCGCUGAAACAAUGCCUACGUCCCAGCGUGAACCGGUGGAGCAUCCAGUCCCAGUUCAGCCAAUAGUAAUACAACAACCUACGAAGAUAGAUCAGCAAGCAUCAGAGAAGUUUUGCCCUGCAAUCCCGCCUAGUAAAGGAACACCAUUGAUGUCUAUACGAUCACCCGAAGACUCGGAGACUGCACAAACUCCAGAAUCCAUACCAGAAAUUUCACCCGAGAUGGAUUCAUUCAGUGAUAUAAUGCCAGGCACCGGGUUGCUGACGUGGGUGAAGGGUGCAGUUGCCAGUGGUGGUAUUCUACAAAGAGUAGCCGAGAAGGCGAAGAAUUCAGUAGAUUCAAUGAUCACUACCCUUGAUCCACAGAUGAAGGAAUAUCUUAAAAGUGGAGGAGAUUUGUACAUAGUGGUCGCAUCGGAUAAAGACGUGAAAGUAUCACCAAUAAGAGAAGCUUUUCAGACAGUUUUUGGAAAGGCGACUGUGGUAGGUUUCGCGGCUCAGUCUGACGUGACAGCGGCUCAGCCGGUCGGCUAUGCGGCCGCUUAUGCAGCAGCGAAACAGAGAUUAGCAGACCUUCGGUCCAGACAUUCGGAAAUAACAAACAACGUUCCCCUAGUGGCCGUUGAGAGUUUCUUACACGAAGCGAUCGCAGACAGAUGGUACGAGAUGUCGUUGAUGAUCCUGUCACAGCCGUCUCUAGGCGUUGAACUGCAAGUGCAGUCGCAGGGCGCGGGCGUGCCGGGUGCCGCCGUGUCCGCCGCCACCGCGCCCUCCUACCCGCACGCGCAGACCGGCUACAGCCUCACCGUAGGAUCCAUCAUGGCCGACAGCCUACAGGUCCCGCACACAGACUGGCAAGAGGCGUCGACCGGCGUGUCUAGGAGGGAAAUUCUUUUGUUAGCGGCUAAGUCACUGGCGGGCUCAUACAAACAGCUACUAGCGGUAUCCGCUGCCGAGACCUAAGGACGCGGGACGUGGAAUAUCAUCGUGUCAUUUGCGUAAUCAUUAAAAAGUAAGCAAACACAAUCGAAUUGGUAUAUUUGACGGAAUUUCGACUUUUUGAGGGUGGCAACAUUCCGAGCGAUGACAGU